AAACUCCUCCACAUAUACACAACACACAGCAAAAUAUAUAAAAAUUGAAAAAAUGACGUCUCUGGAACCAAAUGUAAAUCGCUUGCAAAAUUUCAAAAACAAAGGCAAAGAUCAAGAGGAAAUGCGACGACGACGCAAUGAAGUCACCGUGGAAUUGCGCAAAAACAAACGUGAAGAAACCAUUCUCAAACGUCGCAAUGUCCCCAAUAUGGACUCAAACACAGACGAAGAUGAUCAGUUGCCAAAUCAAAUCAAUUUAAAGAAAUUAGCCGAAGCUGCUGCUGAUUCAUCAAAACCCGAACAGCAAUUGGCCGCUGUGCAAGCUGCACGCAAACUGUUAUCGUCUGAUAAAAAUCCACCCAUCAAUGAUUUAAUUAAAAGUGACAUUCUUCCCAUAUUGGUCGAUUGUUUGAAGCAACACAAUCACACCAUGUUGCAGUUUGAGGCAGCCUGGGCAUUAACAAAUAUCGCCUCCGGUACAUCGGAACAAACAAAUGAGGUCGUCAAUGCCGGUGCUGUACCUUUAUUCUUGCAAUUGUUGUCAUCACCCGCUCCAAAUGUCUGCGAACAAGCCGUCUGGGCUUUGGGUAAUAUUAUUGGCGAUGGUCCGGCAUUGCGUGACUAUGUCAUCAAGCAUGGUGUUGUCCAACCGUUGUUGUCGUUCAUCAAACCCGACAUACCCAUUUCGUUUUUGCGCAACGUCACCUGGGUUAUUGUGAAUCUGUGCCGUAACAAAGAUCCUCCACCACCAGCCUCAACAAUUCUCGAAAUAUUGCCCGCUCUAAAUAUCUUGAUACAUCAUACAGACACCAACAUUUUGGUGGAUACCGUAUGGGCUAUCAGCUAUUUAACCGAUGGCGGUAAUGAGCAGAUACAAAUGGUCAUUGAAAGUGGUGUCGUACCAAAAUUGAUACCCCUAUUGGGUCAUGCCGAAGUGAAAGUACAAACAGCCGCAUUGCGUGCUGUUGGUAACAUUGUUACCGGCUCCGAUGAACAGACCCAAGUCGUACUCAACUAUGAUGCUCUAUCAUAUUUCCCAGCUCUGUUGUCACAUCAAAAGGAAAAGAUACGCAAAGAAGCCGUAUGGUUCUUAUCCAAUAUUACAGCUGGUAAUCAGUCACAGGUGCAGGCUGUCAUUAAUUGUGGUCUAUUGCCGAAAAUUAUUGAAAAUCUACGACAUGGUGAAUUCCAAACACAAAAAGAAGCCGCAUGGGCCAUCAGCAAUUUGACGAUCAGUGGUAAUCGUGAUCAAGUAUUUGCAUUAAUUAAAGAGGGCGUUAUACCACCAUUCUGUGAUCUGUUGUCAUGUCAGGAUACCCAAGUUAUUAAUGUCGUCCUUGAUGGUCUUAAUAAUAUGCUCAAAAUGGCCGAAAGCCAUGUACAAGAUGUAGCCAAUUUAAUUGAGGAAUGCGAUGGUCUUGAAAAGAUUGAAAAACUGCAAAAUCAUGAAAAUGUUGAAAUCUACAAACUGGCGUAUGAAAUUAUUGAACAACAUUUCUCAGAUGAGCUUGAACAGGCAUCUAUGGCGCCCGCAUCCGAUGGCGCACAAUAUCAAUUUGAUCCAAAUGCCGAUGGCAGAUUACCGAACACAUUUAAUUUUUAACAAAAUUUCCCUUAUUUUUCAAUGUGACCAUGA